AUGCUCCAGCUGACGAAAGCAGCAGCGGAGGCCGCCAUCGACGAGUUCCUACAGGUCAUCAUCCGCACCGCGGUGAUGCGCCGGGCCUUCCGCUACGCCGUGGACGUCUUAGGCCUCGACAACUUGGAGGGCGUUUGGCAAUCCGAGCUGCGCCGAAUCUGGUUCACCCGUGCCGGCCAUCCCUGCGCCUUUGAACACAUCUUUGUGGGCAACCUCUCCGAGGACGCAGAUGGCCACCCGGUCGCUGGCGGGCUGCACUGCUGGCUGAAGUUCUACCUCGAGGAGCUGAGGGGCACGGCCAAGUAUCUCGGUUACAUGUACAAUCGCCGGCCCAAAGAGGCCCUUCAGGAUCAUCGCUACAUCUCCGGCAAGUUCACGUGGCGCCACGCGGGGCGAGACCUGGUCAAAGAAGAAGGCGGCUUCUUCAUCGGCGUCUCGCCCGAGUGGCUCCUCGCAGAUGGCACCAUCGCCUAUCUGGAAACACGGGAUGAGGACGCUGCAAGACACGGCUGGCAGCCGUGGCUGGGCGCGCGAGACCGAGGCUACACCAAGGACGUCGUCCACGAAGGCUUCGGCUAUCGGAAGGUGGUCUGCCACAGCGACGAUGGCGCUCUCGUCACGGUCUUCUCCUCCUUUCUCGGCACUGCGAGGCCCCAGGGCGAUACUGGCUACACGGCCCACCUGGACGAGAUCCUUCCCGAGGCGGAGCUGUCGACGCGCCUCCCUCACGUCCUGGUGGCCGAGGGCGUUGCCCGAGGCGUUAGUUUCAGUAGCAGCAAUGAGGAAUUCCUUAAAGAGAAGGAACUCCUGGUAAGGGAACUUCUGCUUGCCACACCCCGGGUGACAAACAAGCUCUUGACGGAUGCUGCCUACAAAAGUUUCCAGGAUGCCGAUGCUGGGGUGGUUUCCAGCUUUGCAAAUCGAACUGUAGCUUGUUGCCAGUACCUUUACAACAAGAAGCAGCAGUCUUCCUCGGGGAAAAAACUGUCGGCACACACCCGUCGCCUCAUCAGCAUCUUGCACUCUCCUGCCCGGAAGCAGGCAAGCAAAAGCAAACCCUCCACAGUGGUCUUGGGCAAGUUCGGUCAUGGGCAGGCCCGGGUGCUGAAGAAGCGGACCACUAGUGAGGCUGAUCAGGCAGCUGGAGAUCUUGAACAGCUGCCUUCGCAGUCUGCAGAGCUGCGGGCCCUGGCAGCUUCGUAUGGUUUGAAAGCUGUGCCUGCAGCAGCAUGGUCUGCUGCGAGGCCUGUGGUGGUGCAGGAUUCGGGCUCAGAAAACGUGCUCGACUCCUCGGAGGAGUCUUCAGACCCGGAGGUCGUGGCUUCUUCCUCUUCCAAGGUCCCGGCUUCCUCUUCGAAGGCUGCUUCAUCCACAGCAGCUGCUGCGACACCUAAAGUUAGUCGAGUCAGACAACACGAGUGCUUCGACCUGAACCGGGCAUGUUGGGUCAGGCAUAUGCAAGGACGGGUCCUGGAGGCUGCAAUGAUCCCGGGUGAGAACGGUUUCAUGUUGGCCCAGUUCCCAGAUGAGCCAGCGAAAGAAGUGGAGCUGCCGAUUUGCCUUUGGACAAAGUGUUUGCAGUCGAAGGAGGACGAAGAGGCUGCAGACGACCAAGAGGACGGCAGUGGAGAGGUCACGACUAAAAAGAGGCCCAGUGCUGCCAUCGUCGCAGAGGAGCCGAGCAGCGAGGAGAAGCCCCAUCGGUUUGGCUAUAUGUACUACAGCAAAGACGUCUCGGUUGGCUUCUGCAAAUUUUGGCGAUCGGCAGGCAAGAUCAAAAGGCAACAGGUCUGCAACUUUCGACAGCAGGGUUGGGAUGAGGAGGCUGUGAGGGAAGCUGCCAAGACGUGUGUGGAUGCAUUGUCUAGCGGGGCCCUGGCCUGCGACAAGCCUGCCAUCGAUGCUUUCAUGGCGAAGUAUGUGUCGGACAACUCGGGUGACUGA